UUCUUUGUUGACCACGGCUAACCCAUUGUCACUCGCUUGAACAGAAGGACCCACGCGCAGACGGUUGCAAAAGCACUCUUCGACCUCUUUCCUUUCCGAAACCUCGUCCCACUCGUCCAAAUCCAUUGCCACAACCCGAACAAGUGUAAUGAACCGGAGGAGGUUGUCUAUUCGCGAUCAGAAAGCGCCGCAAGGCCCACGACCACAGGAUCCUUCACGAACAAGCAAUACACCCGGCUCGUUCUUCCACUCCGGAAACUCCUCGAUCGAUUCCACAAAUGACUCGACGCAGAGCAACAAUUCCCGCAUUAGCCUACGGUCUACCAGUAUCGGAAAUUUAGCGAAGGCAGACUACAAUCAGAUGCCCUCCCAAAGUACCGAGUUCCUUCCCUCGGUCAACUUCGACGACAUGCAGAAUAGUAUCGUCGGCGAAUCGCAGUUGAAGUACUUCCCCGUUCCUGGAACUACUGGUUCAGGGUAUGAGCCAAAUUGGACGAAUGGCAGUACCAAUGGGGAGGGUACACGCUCCAGGAGCAAUUCUAUCCGGCGGAAAAGCGUGGUUAAUUCGUCCAGCGAAUCGGUGUCAUCUCGUCCAUCAGCGACUUCUACUACGACAGGUCGUAAUCGUCGCCAAAGCCUUGCUCAACAAGCGGGCCCGAAUGGUACAGCUUCGCGUGCCCCGAGGAAGUCCAUAGGUCCGGCCUCAUUACCAUCAACCGUAACCGGGAGGCGGCAGAGCCUGUCUGCGAGGAAAGCGAGCGCGGAUACCACUCGUACAGAGCAGACCAGCUAUCUCCGUCCCCGCACGCAGCAAUUCGAUCUAAGUCGAACCGAAGUUAAAAAUGCGGCAGCCGCUCCCAAUACUCCAGCCUCGUCCUGCAAAAGAGUCUCGGUCAUGCCCCCACAUGUACAUGGUCUUGGAGCCCGUACCAUAAGCCCUACCGAUGCGCGUCGGGCUAAACGUAUGUCAACAGCUCCUUCGACGCACCCUACGCCCUUUACACCUCCGAUCCUAACAGAGCCCAUGCCUGUCCGACCUCGCUCGACCGCGCAAUCGCCAUCGCAUAUACCUCGAAAGAGUGUCACUCCGUCCUCAAACCGAACCACCCCUGAUCCGAAUCGCAAGUCGUACAGUUCCGGCCUGUCGCUCUCAUCAACCACAACCUACAACUCCGUAAGAAAUUCAGCUGGCUCACUGCAAAACCGCCUAUCACACAGUUCGUCAACAUCCCGAUUACCUACUCCUAAGACCCGCUCCGAACCGAACCCGCCUGAUGAGGAGGUCCCACCUGUCCCUGCGAUUCCCAAAGCCUAUGAAUCCCCUAAGGGUGAUUUUGAGCCGCCGAAUUAUGUCACUCCGCGCAAGCCAAGCUUAAACAUGGAAACAGGUUCCAAACCUAAAUUCGAGUCAGAACCGGAUAACAACCUGACCGCUACAAUUUCGACGGAGGAGGACGCCCCCAAAACAAGAGAAGGACGCGCGAUGAAGACUCCUGAAUCCAAGCCUAGAACCUCCGCGCUUCUUGGGAAAAGGAACCUUCAACCUCUCAAACUACCACCUUUGAAUCUGCUUCCCCUUGGCACACCCAUGACAACCAAGAUCGAGGCAUUGCGAGAUCGUGACGAUGAUCUGACAGUACACACACCAUCCGCUCAGAUCGCAUCCAAGACACCGAGUACUCCCCUGACUGCCUCCAAGGCCAACUUUUUCUCGACGGUUGAGGAUGAUGAUCUUUUGGCAGUUACACAAGCGAGAAGCAGCACGUCACACUUCGCGCUGAGUACUUCAUCAACCGCCUCAGCGUUGCGAACCGUCAGCGGAUCCAGUGCUCUUGCAGGGUUUGACAACACGCCGACUAAUGCAAGGACAGUGUCGCCUUAUGUUGCAUAUAGCCUACCGAAAAGCAACAGCGAACAUACAGGCUUGAAGCAGAAAGUCAGUGACGACUAUUCGCCCAAAGCAAUUCAGUCGUACAAAAUGGCUGGUCCUCGACCCCAAACACAGUCUUCUGCUUUCUCAUCGAACGCUGAGACGAUCAGCCAGCUCUCAACGCCCUCCGACCCGGAGAACAACAGUAUAUCGAGCUCAUCCCUUCGUAACAAGAUCACAAUGACCCGGAAGCGAAGCAGCUCUAAGACUCAGACAGGGAUUGAAGCCAGCAGCGAUCUCGUCAAACAUGACCCAAUGCCACUCCCGAAGAUUCCAACUUCGUCGACCUGGAACAACCUCACCAGUAUCAAGACUUCCAGCCCCACGCUUAAACCAAGCUAUCUCAAGUCCCGACGGCAAGCAUCUGUCUCGAAAGCCUCUGGCCAGACACUGAGGAAGCCUAGCUUCAGCAGUGAUCAGAGUCUUGCCUUGGAACCGAGCCCUUCCAAUGACUCCAAUGACAGUGACCCUCCCGUUCCUCAGCAUCGGACUGCAAGCUCAAUCUUUUCGCCGGUUCACAGGAUUAUCAGUUCGGCUAAAGCCAGCGUGGCUUCUACUCCAGCUCCCCCACCUACCAGCGAUCCCAAUGUUGACCCCGAUGUUCGUGUUGCUGACGAAGAGAUGCGCAAACUUGGCAGUAAACGCAAAGACUUUGAGACGGCCGCCAAGAAUCUGGAUGAUCUACGUCGCAAAGCUAGUCCCAAGGAGCGUGUAAGCCCAGCGCAGGCUUUAAGGAUUGCAAACCUAAAUAUUUUCGAGCGAGGAGAGAUCAUCGACUUUAAAGAUAUCUUUUUCUGCGGCACUCAGAAUGCCAAGAAACACGUUGGUGAUCUCUCCGUCCAAGCCAAUUUUGGCUACGACGACGAUCGCGGUGACUACAAUAUCGUCAUUGGGGAUCAUCUGGCAUACCGCUAUGAAGUGAUCGAUGUUCUCGGUAAAGGAAGCUUUGGUCAGGUAGUGCGAUGCAUUGACCACAAAACGGGAGGUCUUGUUGCAGUCAAGAUAAUCCGCAACAAGAAGCGAUUCCACCAGCAGGCCUUGAUCGAAGUCAACCUUCUUCAGAAACUAAAAGAGUGGGAUCCUCAGCGUCGGCAUAACGUGGUCAACUUUACUCAAAGCUUUUACUUCCGUGGCCAUCUUUGCAUCUCCACCGAGUUGUUGGGAAUGAAUUUGUACGAAUUCAUCAAGGCUCACGACUUCAAGGGCUUCUCUCUUAAGCUCAUCCGCCGGUUCACUAAACAAAUGCUGAACACGUUGGUGCUGUUGCAGGCGAAGAAGGUCAUUCAUUGUGAUCUGAAGCCGGAGAACAUCUUGCUGUGUCACCCAUUGAGCUCUGAUAUUCGGGUCAUUGAUUUCGGCUCCAGUUGCUUCGAGAAUGAGAAAGUGUAUACAUAUAUCCAGAGUCGAUUCUACCGUUCUCCCGAAGUCAUCCUUGGCAUGUCAUACGGUAUGCCCAUUGACAUGUGGAGUGUAGGGUGCAUUCUUGCCGAGCUGUUUACUGGCUACCCUAUCUUCCCGGGCGAAAAUGAGCAGGAACAGCUUGCCUGCAUUAUGGAAGUGUUCGGACCUCCGGAGAAGCAUUUGAUCGAGAAGAGUACUCGCAAGAAGUUGUUCUUCGACUCGCUGGGCAAACCGAGGCUUACGGUUUCUUCAAAGGGCCGAAGGCGUCGUCCCAGCUCCAAGGAGCUCCGGCAGGUUCUGAAGUGUGACGAUGAAGCCUUCCUUGACUUCAUCUCCCGCUGCCUCCGGUGGGAUCCUGCCCGUCGACUGAGUCCCCAAGAUGCACUUCGUCACGAGUUUAUCACUGGUAUCAAGCUGGCUUCGCGUCCGAGGCAAUAUACUUUGACGAACAACUCGCCAGCGAAACGGGUAAUCUCGUCCAACCCGUCCUUGGGACGUCCUCUUCCAGAGCCACCUGUGGCCGGCUUGAAAGGCGGCACUCUCGCCCGCACUCGAGACGCCUCGGGCACCUCCCCGGUCAAGCCCGCUGGGAAGCGUCACUCGACUGUGAGCGGGCUCCCGCCGUCGACGCCCGCCAAGCGAAAUACGAGCAUUAGUACAGGCACUCCUGGAUCCGCUUUGCCCCGUGUUGCGGCUAGAAGUAUCAGUGGUAAGCCUGAUCUCGCAACAGCGGCGGCUGUGACCAGCCUGAGGACCAAGUGAAGCAGGCAAUUUCAUCUAGAUUUUUUUUUCUUCCCCUUUCUGCCUCACUUCUUUGCAUAUCUGUAAUAAUAAUUGUUUGAUUACCAAGGUUGCAUAAAACGGGCUUCGACACAUAAGAGGUUCUGCGUGUCCCCGUUCGUCAUGAUUGAGAUUUUGAAACUUUGUCCGAGGCCCGCCCAAGAGAA